CCUCUUUAUUCACUCUCGCCCUACAUUCCUAUUUUCACUUAUUCUCUCACUUAUACACUCAUUCACACAUACUCACGCUCUUCACUCUAUUCGUACGCCACUAAAGCUAUUGUUCUUUUUCCAACAUCAACUUAUCGACUUCUUCUGUCUCUGACACCGCUCUCGCUGCGGGCCAACUCUCAUAUCUCAGUUUACAAAUACCUUCUACAACUCUUCCGCAAGGAUGCCCAACCAUGCUCCACAAAAAUCACCUAACGUCAACAAUCUGAUUUCAUUUUGGAGCGACCUCGAGACACCUGUACAAACACCACGCUCACAGGCACGGCGUACUUCCUUAAACAAAGCAGGUCCUCCUGUCAUAGCUCACCUAGCUACCCAACCGAGAGUGUCAGGGUCAUCACCAGCUUUAUUAUCAUCUACUGGUAGCAAUCCUUUUAUUAGUCCCGUCAAUACUUGCGCUUUACCAUCGACCUCUGUUUCUGGGUCAGGACCAAGAGGAGAUGCACCUCUAUUUCCUCUCCGAUCAGUAGCGCCAGCUCAAGGGCACGUCUUUGGAUCAAAUCGACAUUCAUUAGAUACAAUCAAAACUCAGCCAUCGAUUCCACCUCCGGCGCGGCCUUUCAGAAGUACUGCUCCCAAGACUGUUCAGACUACGCAAACUACACAUAAUACACAUAAUACACAUAAUACACAUAAUACACAUAAUACACGACGACAUUCCAACCCAAAGCCAGACCUUAUAAUCGAUACCGGAAGGCAAAGACUAUCUUCAGGCAAAGAAGCGCGCGCUCUAACAUCUCUUUCAACUCCAACAAAAAGAAAUGAAGGUAUAUUGAAGCUGGCUGUGAUACCACCAGUGCAGACUAAAGAGGCAUCCUUGAACCGUCAUCAACACCUUGCUCGAAAUCAUCCUCUCGUGCUUGGCUCCGAGCCCCUUGGGCGGCCUAUCGAUGCCCUUUUGCCUCUAGUCAAGCCAAGCGUGGAGCCAAAACUCACUCUGGACACAGCAGGAAAUAGUCGCGGCUCAAUAUCCACAAUAAUACCAAAGUCUAAAGAUAAUCAGGGUGCUCAGGAGCAAGUCGACAAAAUUUUGGAUUUAGUUGACUCUAACUCAAGCAAGAGAACAGCAGCAGCCCAUAAUAAAAGAUCCAAGACAUCGUCCGAACCAAUUUUGAAUAUACAGCGGAAACAACAUCCAGCUAACCAACGGCGAGAAAGAAGUGAUGUAGACUUGAAGGAGAAGGAACGCAUGAAAGCUCAGAGAGAGGAUAAAGAUAACGGUAACAAGAAGCAAAGGCCCGACAUUAUGUAUGCGAUUGUAAAAGGCAUUCCCGCCAGACCGGUUAUUCCCAAGCUUGUAGGGGCUUCUGGGUCAGGAACUGUGAUCAUUUCUAAAAACCGUGGCGAGGAUAGAUCAGAUAGUGGCCACAAUAACGGAAGCGUCAGCCGCGUGGUAGAUGAAGCAGUAACUAUUGUGUCUACCGGGCGAAGUCGUGAACGCAGAACAACUAGAUCAGAUAGCCAGAACAUUCUGAUCCAAGCGGACAACAAAACGAUUGAGAAAACCAAUCAGCUUCAACAGGAAUAUACCCCCAAAGCAUUAUCUUUCGGUAGUUUGGAUGAAGAUUCGGACCUUGAGGAGGAUUCUCUCCGAUCUGACGAUAGUAGUAACAAGGAAAAGAUCGGAUUACUUGAGAAUGAAAACGAGAACAAAUCAACCCAAGCCGACGUUACAAUAAUCGUAGAGAAGCUUAACUCAAAUUCUGUUACACGCCCUUCACAGUCAACCUUAACAAACGCCUCACACAAACUGGAAGUUUCUCAAAAAUACAUGGGAGGUACUCCAUUGGGGACUGCACGUACAGGAAGUGCACCAGAGAAUUCUUCACUUAAUAGCGCUGAUGCCCUGUUCCAAGCCAGCGCUCCUCUGAUUACCUAUCCAGCUCUUGAUGCAUAUCUUUCUUCCUUAAAACCAGCCAACUUCUCUAAAGUACCGCUCUCCCCCGCAUUGGAGCCUUUAGAGGCAUCCAAACAGGAAAAAACAGGAGCCAAACAAGCCGCAAAGCAAAAGAAAAAGCAAGCACAAGAUUCUAAGGAAGGCAUGUUCCCUCCACUGGGAAGAGUCCCCACAGGCGUGUCACUCGAUCAGCUGAAGAUAAAUGUGACCAAACCCCCAGGAUUUUUUGAUCAGGAGCUCCAGAACGUGCUCCUAUCCUCAGCAGUAGAUGGAAUCAUGAGUGGUGAAGCUUCGAACAUUGGCAUAUCAUGGAUGCGACUUGAGAUCAUUCGCGAUUUUUUACAGUUCGUCGGAUUAUACCUCUCUGUUUCUGGUAACACAUUCAUCAACCAAAAGUGGCUUUAUGCCACUGUCAACAUCAUCCCUGCUAUUUUAUCUCUGGAUUUCCCAAGAGCGCUGGGUCAUGGGAUGAUAUUCUUGAUUUUGUUCACCUUGGUCUGCUGUAUCGGAUUGUAUACAUUCAAGAUUAUGACCAAGACUGAUCCUAAUGAUGACAUAGAAGGGCUUGAAGUAUCCUCUUGGAGCCUUCGCUCAAAAAAGCAGCGUAUUGAAACAAUCUCCAUUGUCUUCCUGCUAACAACAUUAUAUCUGCCUCUGGCAAAGUUGUCGUUCGACGCCUUAGUUUGGUCCGAUACUAUGUGGCCUACCUCGAAUCCCUAUAAAAACGUAGAUUUCCCAGUCCUUACACCACUUGGACCUAGUGGCAUUUAUCGAAAUCCGUCUGAUUUUUGUUAUGUUACAUCUAUGAAGAUCCAAGACCUCAAUUUUGCAUAUGUAAUCAUCCCAUUAGCAAUAUUCACUCUUUGUGUAAACACACUAUACUUUCCGCUGGCAAUCAGAAGAUUAGUAAUCCUUAACUUGCCGAGGAUUGACAAGUAUACUGAGCAAGGUGAACGGAGGCUGGACCCAGAUGAGGAAUACAAGCGCUUGACCAACUCAGAUAACUGUCCGUACAAUUUCCUCUAUAACGGCUACAGAAGGGAGCAAGGGACGUACAAAGUUGUUGUGAUGUUCAAUAAGCUCCUUGCUGUUGUCAUAGUUGUCCUCUUCUCCAAAGAUAACUGCCUCUUCCGAGGCUACGAACGCAGGACUAUCGAGGCAACCCGUGCGGGGCUUCAGAUAGUCUUCACAGUCAGCUUAAUAUAUCGACACUACCGCACAAAACCUUUCCUAUACGCUUCUCAGAACCUAAGCGAGUAUUGGUCACGAGCUUGCACCGUUGUCACUAGCGUAAUUGGCUUAUUCAUCGUCCUAAAAGUUGGCCCUCUAUCUGUCAAUGCACUCGGAAUCAUGUUGGUGGCAGCGUAUAUCCUUAUGUGCGUCAUUGUCAUUUGGUUUGUGAUCCGACAAACUCAAAAGUUCCAGAUCAUGCUCAAGCAGAUCCAACAACGACUUGAUUUUUCACUUGAGAUAUUCAAUCCAAAACUCAAUUACUUCAAGCAUAUUAAGCGACGUAUCUGGCAGGAGACAUGGACGACAACUUUGCUUAUUGAUGACUCGUUCAAGAUGCCUGAGAACAAGAUUGUGGCAUAUAGUCAAUCGCCACAUCGACCGCCCUAUUUACUCAACUUUGCUGGUACAGUUGCAGAGCGCCAUGUGGAGAACCUCCGUAUUGUAAGGCAAAUUGGCCUAAGAUCAUACUCGCAAGCAUGCCAAUUCCUGACGCCCGUCAUGGUGCGCAAGCGGACUCUUAUUUUAAAAGAGUUUGUAGGGCCAGAUAUGUAUUAUGCGCCAGAGUUUAUGACAUCCAACAUCAAGACUUAUUUCGGAAAGGCUUACGUAGUCCCAUUCCCGUUUUCCGUGGUCUUUGUUUAUGAUGAAUCAUCUGUUGUAGUGACUCUUGUCAAAGAACAUGACCUGGAUCGCUACAUCCAGCAGAACCAAGAUGCUGAGAUUCAAAGGCGAAGGGAACUAAGGUACCAACUCCGAGCACUGGAUGGGAAAUUUGUUAUACGCCCAUUUGUUGAGAUGAGAGGCGUCCAUAGAGGUAGAGAGAGCAAUGGCACCAUGGAGAUGUCUCUAGUAAACGCCCCUGUUAGUUACAAGCGUGGACUAUUUACUAUUCAUCGGAAGAAGAUGUCUAGCUGGCAAGGGCACAACAUGAACCCCGGAUUCUCUGUCACAAUCACGUAUUCUGAUGGAGAAGUUCAGGAUCCCGAAGGAUCGGCUCAACUAUCGCACGAAACCACUAUUGGCCACGACAUCAUUGGCAUUACCAGAGAUUUUCAAAUGACGCCAGCAUUGGCGCGACUACUUCGUGAUAAUCAUGCUCUCGUGUCCAGAGGCACCAAGAAGGUUAAACGAGUUAUGCAGGCAUACCAAGCUCAUUAUCGGCACGAAGCACAGCACAAAGACGCGACUCUGUCCUAUGAUUUCUUUAUUAAUGUUUAUGACAAUCCUACCUUGAAGCGGAAAGACCUAGAAGCUCUUGUCUUGGCUACCGAAGAAAACCCAAAGGUCCGUUUCCCUUCAACCGACGUCACUCUGGCCAUUGAUUUCCUGUAUGAACGGAUGGCAGCUGUGAACAGAACUCGGAUUCAUCAAUGGUGGUAUCUCUUCUGGGACGAUCUCUACCGUAAGAACCACGAGGAAAUACCUCAGUUGACUCCCAAGGAAUUCUCACCAGCUUUUCCAGGGUCUAUCUGCUAUCGGCCCAUGCCAAGGCAAGAGCUGGAGAGCUUUUUGGAAAAGCAUGGAUGUUGGCAGAAGAGCGGUCGAGCAGGGUUUAUGCAUAUUGGUGUCCUCAAUAGGAUGUAUACAUUUAUGAACGAGCUCGUCUUUGAAAGAAUGUCCAGGGAUCAGCGAAUGAGGCAACUUGAAUUGUCGACAGUUGAACGACAGCGACUAGAAAACCUAUUCCUGGUUACUAAGGCUAAGGUCCAUAAUGACGGUACAUACAAGCGGUUACCACUAUCAGAGUACGAGGAAAAUGAUCAUGGGGCUACCCAGAACACAGAUAAUCAAAGCCUCGGUAGGAAGCCAUCUAUGACAUCUCUUGGAAGGACCAAGAGUAAGAAGGGAUGGUUUGAAAGUAUUACACCAGGCCGUCGUCUAAAGGUCUCAAGUCGCUUGGAGAGCUAUUCUCCAGGAUACAUCAUCCCUCAGACAUGGCAACAAAAGGCUAGCCAAUUUACUGCGCUAUUGAUUGGAGGGCGGUCAGAAGAUAUGAUCGGCGAUUCUGAUGAAGAAGAUGAUAUGAAUGACGAUGAGGAUAUAGCCCAGAAGGAGCGCAAGGGCUCGGCAAGCUCCUUAGAAACCUCGAUUCUGCAGCCUGAGAAAGCUGGGGAAACGUACUACAAAAAGACGUCUACCUCCCCUGGUCAUCACCAACAGACUGAAUUGUCGGAUAAGUCCAAGAAAAGGCUUCAAAAGGACCUCCAACAACCUAUGCAGCGGCCCAAAGUAUCAUUAGUAAGUCGACCGGAGUCAUGGGCUUCAGUAUCAACAUGCAUAGACAACGAUGUGACACAUGGUACAGAAGAGGAAGAACUCGUGCCACUGACGUCAAAUCAGCAGCAGGACCUGAGUUCAAGAAACCAAAAACUGAGAACCAGAGAUGAAGAUGCUGGUAUGGCCAGCGACUGCAUGAGUGUUGCCAGUAUGAGCUCUGAGGAUUAUUGGUAGCCUAGCCUAGGUUACAACAGAAUUUAUUCAUAAGAGAUGCCUAAAAUAUCAUUCUAAAAGCCGAU